AUGGAGCAGUGUGCAUGUGUGGAGAGGGAGCUGGACAAGGUCCUGCAGAAGUUCCUCACCUAUGGGCAGCACUGCGAGCAGAGCCUGGAGGAGCUGCUACACUACGUGGGCCAGCUGAGGGCUGAGUUGGCCAGCGCAGCCCUCCAGGGUACACCUCUCUCAGCUACCCUCUCCUUGGUGAUGUCCCAGUGCUGCCGGAAGAUCAAAGACACCGUGCAGAAACUGGCUUCAGACCACAAGGACAUUCACAGCAGUGUGUCCAGAGUGGGCAAAGCCAUAGACAGGAACUUUGACUCUGAGAUUUGUGGUGUAGUCUCCGAUGCAGUGUGGGACUCACGGGAGAAGCAGCAGCAGAUCCUGCAGAUGGCCAUUGUAGAGCACCUGUACCAGCAGGGCAUGCUCAGUGUCGCCGAGGAGCUGUGCCAGGAAUCAACACUGAAUGUGGAUUUGGACUUCAAGCAGCCUUUCCUGGAAUUGAAUCGAAUCCUGGAAGCUCUGCACGAACAAGACCUAGGCCCUGCCUUGGAAUGGGCCGUCUCCCACAGGCAGCGCCUACUGGAGCUCAACAGCUCCCUGGAGUUCAAGCUGCACCGCCUGCACUUCAUCCGCCUCCUGGCAGGUGGCCCUGAGAAGCAGCUGGAGGCCCUCAGCUACGCCCGGCACUUCCAGCCCUUUGCUCGGCUACAUCAGCGUGAGAUCCAGGUGAUGAUGGGCAGCCUAGUGUACCUGCGGCUGGGCUUGGAGAAGUCGCCCUACUGCCACCUCUUGGACAAUAGCCAUUGGGCCGAGAUCUGUGAGACCUUCACCCGGGAUGCUUGUUCCCUGCUGGGGCUUUCCGUAGAAUCCCCACUCAGCGUCAGCUUUGCCUCUGGCUGUGUGGCCCUGCCUGUGCUGAUGAACAUCAAAGCUGUGAUUGAACAGAGGCAGUGCACCGGUGUCUGGAGUCACAAAGAUGAGUUGCCGAUCGAGAUCGAACUUGGCAUGAAGUGCUGGUACCACUCAGUGUUUGCUUGCCCCAUCCUCCGCCAGCAGACAUCAGACUCCAAUCCUCCCAUUAAGCUCAUCUGUGGUCAUGUGAUCUCCCGAGAUGCACUCAACAAGCUCAUUAAUGGAGGAAAGCUGAAGUGUCCAUAUUGUCCUAUGGAACAGAACCCAGCAGAUGGGAAACGCAUCAUCUUCUGA